UCCAUUAUCACCGUGGCGUGAACCACCACUGCCGAACCACCCCCCUCCUUUUUCUUUUUCUUCUUUUUCUUCUUCUUCUUCUUCUUCUUCUUCUUCUUCUUCUUCUUCUUCUUCUUCUCCUCUUUCUUUCUCUUCUUCCAUCGCACCACCCUUCCCUGAACACACCCCAGCCUCCAACCACCAUCACGCCACCGUGAAUCACCACCGAAACCAGACCACCACCUUCCUCCUCUCAUCGGCUAUCAUCAUCAUCACGAAAGCGCCGUCCAGACCCGACACCGGCGACCUCACCACAGCCACCCUUCUUCUUUUUCUUCCCCUAACCGAACCACCACUCCCGGUGCCAUCAAAGCUGCCGGCACUACCUCUAGCAACGGCUGUCUCCAACACCGCCGCGGCCUCCACUAGCAGCGGCUGUCACUGCCACUGCAACUCCACCUCACCCCUGCUUCCCCUGUUUCUGCAUUUUCCUUUCCCUGUUCUUCAAACAGAUUUCAGUUCAACCUCCCUUUUACAUCUCUUCUCUGUUUUAGUUAAUUUAGGAUUAGUUAUAUGUUCAUUUCUAGCUGGUAAUUGAAUUGGUUAGGAUUAUUUGCUGUGUUAGUUGAAUUUAGAUUAGAACUAGGAUUUUCUGAUUAGAACUAGUGUUAGUUUAUACAUAGUUAAACAUGCUGUUAUGCUUCUUGAGUUUGAAUUUUAAUUGGGUUGGAUUGUUUGAUUGAUAUGCUGCUGAACCACUUUAAUAUAUUGCUGAUUUUGUGUCACUGAUGCUGAAUUUUUUUGAAUUGAUGUUGAAAGAAUGCUUGUGGUGUUAUUUUGUGUUGUUUGUGCCUUUGCAUGCCAAAUGUUCGAUAAAAGGCCUCUAUGACUAUUUUGGAUUUUAAAUUGCAUGUUAUAGCUACCAUGUGAUUUAGAAUGUUUGAUUCUUUGGCACGAUUCAUUGUUGAGAUGAAUAUUUGUGAUAAAAGGAGUGUAUAAAGUGCUAAAAAUUUUUCAUUGCUUGAGUUUUGAGUAUAUAUAUUGUGUGAAUGCCAUGAUUGGUUUAUCUUUGAAUUGAAUUUCAAUCACUACAUAUCACUUUAAACCUCUUCUUUUGCACAAUCCAUCGCAAUUAAAUUAAUUCUUGGUAUGCCUAAGUGUUCAUUGAGCUUCUUAUUGCUUGUUGCCUCUUUGUAACUUGCAAAUUAUUUUGAAGUAUCUUAGGCACACUAAUUAAGAUGAAUGUUGCCUUUCACAAUGUUACAUGUUACUUAUUUCAUCCUCUCUUAGUGUCUUGUAUUUUUUGCGAGAUCUAUCUUCUGAUUCACUUCUUGCCUGCUGAAGUUUAUACUAUUUGAAGCGUCCCUGUCUUUGCCAUCAUCUCCAAUUGUGCCCGAGGGUUCUUCUCAUUGUCAUGCUCCUCCUCGGCUUCCGGUGGCACCGUCUCCUUAUUCUGGGUUGCUGCAAGCUCCACGUCGGACCUUUCCUGCUGCAUCCUCACCAGCGGUGCUGCUGAAACCGUUGCGCUCUCCAUUUGCGCCGCUGCGAGCUAUGGAGUCCUCGUGGUCUUGGCCACUGUCUUCCCCAUUUGCCAUCAGCCUUCUCCCCUCCCUGUGCAAUUUGUGAUGCACCUUCGUUCCACCAAAACACUAACUGAUCUCCCUUUUGGAUGCUUCUCUGCCAGCAAUUACGCGAAGAUCCAUAGGUAAAUUCCAGCUCCAUGAUUUUUCCAAGUUGUUUAGAAAUGCUUGUUUGGCUAUUUGAUGAGUAUCCAAGUGAAACCGCAAUUGGGGAUCCAUCCUGCUAGUUCUUCAACACUAUUCCACGUUUGCAACCAAAAGCAAACGAUGCUGAGUAUCAUCAAAUCACGCCCCCUUAACCCCAUGUCUCGCUUCAUCUCUCUCCUCACAACCGCCACCACUACACCACCGUCGUUCUCCACCUCACCAUCCAAAACCCCACUCCAGAACCAAUUCGAGACAUGGAUAAACCAUCUCAAACCGGGCUUCACCCCUUCCGACGUCCACCGGGCCCUUCAGGCCCAAUUAGACCCAGACCUCUCCCUCGACGUCUUCCGCUGGACCGCCCAACAGCGCAACUACACCCACACUCACCUCACCUACCUCACUGUCAUCAAACAACUCAUCGCCAGCCGCCGCUACCGCCAAGCUGAAACUCUAAUCCACGAGGUCAUCGCCGGCGCCUGCGAGCCCUCCGUCGAGCUCUUCAAUGCUGUCAUCCGGUUCUGCUGCGGCCGUAAGUUCCUCUUCAGCCUCGCCUUUGACGUCUAUAAGAAGAUGCUCAAGUCAGAGGAUUCCAAACCCACUCUCGAAACAUAUUCCCUUUUGUUCAAUUCACUUCUUAGAAGGUUCAAUAAGCUCAAUGUUUGUUACGUUUACUUGCAUUCUGUGAGGUCCAUGACUAAGCAAAUGAAGGCCAAUGGUGUUAUUCCUGAUACUUUUGUCCUCAACAUGAUAAUUAAAGCUUAUUCCAAGUGUUUGGAGCUGGAUGAAGCCAUUAAGGUUUUUCGCGAAAUGGGCUUGUAUGGCUGUGAGAAGGGUAGGGUGAAUCAGGGAUUUAAGUUCUUGCAGGAGAUGAGGGGUAAGAGUUUUGUGCCAAGUGCGAGUACUUAUGUUGUAAUCAUUUGCAGUCUUUCCAUGAAUCGGAGGUUUGAGGAUGCCAUUGAGGUUCUGUUUGAUAUGUUGGAGAACUCUAAGUCUCCUGGUCACUUGACUUAUAAGACUGUCCUGGAGGGAUUGUGUCGCGAGGGGAGAGCCGACGAGGCUUUUGAUCUGCUUGAUGAGUGCAGGAAGAGGGAUGUUAACAUGAAUGAAAAUAUGUAUAAGGCUUUGUUGAGAGAAUUGCACUAUAUUUGCAGGGAGGGGGAGUAGAUUCUGUGCUUGCUGUUCCUUUAGUCUCGAUAAGCAUAAGUUGUCGAAUUCAGUUGUUAUAUAGGGAGUGGUAGAACUUGGCGUGGUAUCAAGAAAGAAUGAAUUUAUUUUUGAGUGAAUAUUAUUCCUGUAGAUUUUAUGAUAUUUUUUACUGAUGUUAAAAUAGUAUUAGUUAAAAGAGU